AUGUUCAGAAACACCGUUCUCGCUCUUCUCGUCGCUGCCGGGGCCACUCAAAGCCAGGCUGCUUUCACACUGAAGAAGACAUAUGAUUCCAGCAAUUUUCUGGACUCAUUCAACUUCCGAGACCGUGCCUACUUUGAUAGUAUCGACCCUGGCUAUGAGGGCGAUCCGACUGGUGGCUCCGUCAACUACUUGAGCAGAAGUCAAGCAGUGAGCUCCGGUAUCGUCAAUACCAAUAACGGCAAGAUUCUCCUUGGAGUGAACUCUGUCGACAAAGCGCCGCUUCUCACACCUGGGGGAUCCAAGCAUGGACGUGGAAGCGUUCGUCUUGAGUCCAAGGAGUCUUACAGCUCGGGCAUUCUGAUCGCUGAUAUUGAGCAUAUGCCUGGAGUCGCAUGUGGUGUCUGGCCUGCCUACUGGUCUUACAACUUUGACGAGGAUCCUGUUGGUGAGAUUGAUAUCAUCGAGGGUAUCAACGCCAACCAGAACGGCAACUAUGUCUCUCUGCACACUUGUGGAGCAUGCAUCUUCAACCGUCCCGGAGGUCUUGAGCCUAGGAACAAUUGCAACAUUGGCGGCUCCGAUACCCGAUACUGUUCAGAUGGAGUGAACUAUUCUGGAUGCGGCAACACCAUGCCAUCUGGAUCUUACGGCAAGAGCUUCAACGCCAACAAGGGCGGCAUCUACGCCACAUGGUUGACAACAGAGGCUGUCAAGAUCUGGUGGUUCCCCCGCAACAGUAUUCCCGCUGAUAUCAAGAACGGCAAGCCCGAGCCCAACACUUGGGGUCAGCCUGCUACGACUCAGUUUGUCAAUGCUAAUGGCAACUGUGAUGUUGGAAAGUACUUCAAGAAGCAGACUAUUAUUUUCAACACGGCAUUCUGCGGAAGCAACAUCGACCAAGGAAUCUGGAACCAGGAGUGUAGAGCCUCAACAGGCUAUGCUACCUGCGACGAUUAUGUCACCAACCAGCCUGCUGCUUUCAAGGAGGCUUACUGGACCAUCAACUCUCUGAAGCUCUACCAGUGA